AUGCACCAGGUGAACUCUCUUCCUGUAACUGCGAAAUCUGUUGCAAGGGAAAAUUUGCAUGAUGCUGUACUGGCUAGAGCUUUAUAUUAUACACGAAAUGGAUGGCCAGACUCUGAGGACAUAGCACAGGAACUGAAACCCUUCCAUAGCCGUCAGCGUGAGUUUUCAAUUGAAGAGGGAUGUCUUCUAUGGGGUGCCAGGGUGGUAAUACCGUCGAGAUAUAGGAUUCAAAUAUUAGAAGAGCUACAUGGUGGUCAUCCGGGGAUUGUUCGGAUGAAAGGAUUAGCUCGCUUGCAUGUGUGGUGGCCGAAUAUCGAUCAAGAUAUUGAAAACACUGUGCAAGGGUGCUCUGCUUGUCAGGCUACUCAGCCAAUGCCGACUCGUGCUGAGGGUAAUCCGUGGAAAUGGCCUUCUGGUCCGUGGAAAAGAGUACAUGUUGAUUUCGCAGGACCAUUCCUGGGACAAAUGUACCUCAUUAUGAUUGACGCAUAUUCAAAAUGGCCAGAAGUACACCCAAUGAAAUCAGUUACAACUAUGAAUACCAUCGAGAUCAUGCGGCGGGUAUUUGCUCAGCAUGGGGUUUGUGUAGAGCUCGUGUCUGAUAAUGGAAGACAGUUUGUGGCUGAGGAAUUUAAAGAGUUCAUGACCCAAAAUGGUGUAAAGCAUAUACUGAUACCCGCUUAUCACCCAAGCAGUAAUGGGCAGGCCGAAAAUACAGUAAGAACAUUCAAACAAGGAAUGAAAAGGGCGAUGAGAACAUUGCAAUCGUGUAAUACAUCUUUAAAUACCAAGUUGUGCCAAUUUCUACUGACUUACCGAACUACACCUCACUGUACAACAAAACGCACGCCUGCAGAGUUCAUGGGUCGGCAGUUACGCACACGCCUUGAUUUACUACACCCAGAUGCAUCUCAGCGAAUUGAAAGAAAAGCCUCAGAGAACGAGAAACCAAUGAGGGAACUCGAUAUAGGGGACGUGGUACUGGUUCGGGAUUAUCAUCAAAAUACCAAGAAGGGCAUAUGGACUCGAGGAGUUGUGGUUCUUAAAUUGGGUCCAUGCACAUACAAUGUACAAGUGGACGAUAACUUAAUAUGGAAGAGGCAUAUUGAUCAAAUGAGACUGAUCUCCAAUGAUUCUCAAGAUAACAAAAAUGAACUUUUAGCACGUGAUUCUUCAGAGUUGGUCAGCUAUCCAGACCCGCCAUUACCAAAAGAGUUCAUAAAUACUCGUGAAGAGUUAGGCGAUGCAGUUGCAGGUGCAGAGAAGAAUGAAAUCCCAAAUGUAGAAGAAAAGGAGGCGGCAGCUGCAGAAGAACUAUCCGGAAAUGAAAAUGGUAAAACUUCUGAUGGCUCACCUGAUAGAUCGAUAUCUGAAUUACCAAAACUUCGAAGGUCUACCAGACAAAGUAGACCACCUGAGUAUUUUAGAAUGUAA